AUGAUCUGUGAUCUAUGGCUUAACCUCAUUCAAAUUUUAAUCUAACUAUGCAUUAAGCACAGACUACAUACUAAGCUCAAACGUCUCGAAGACCGCAAAUUUCUCAACUGUUUAUUAAAGAGAUUCAAACUGGUAGCAACAUGGAUGAUUUCGCAUGUCCACGAUGCAGAACCACAAAAUUUCAAAAUCCAUCCUUAAAAAUGUUGGUAAAUGUUUGUGGUCACGGGCUGUGCGAGAGUUGUGUUGAGUUGCUUUUUCUAAAAGGAUCAGGCAGUUGUCCUGACUGCAAAAUCCCGCUCAGAAGAAACAACUUCCGGGUGCAGCUCUUUGAAGACGCCUCUGUUGAGAAGGAGGUGGAUAUCCGCAGGAGAGUGUUAAGAGACUUCAACAAAAAAGAGGAGGACUUUGCUAAUCUAAGAGAGUUCAAUGACUACUUAGAGGAGGUGGAAACAAUUAUCUAUAAUUUGAGUAAUGAUCUGGAUGUGAUAAACACCAACAAAAAAAUCGAGCAAUACAAGAAAGACAACCGGGAAUUCAUCCAGAAAAACAAGGGAAGAUUGGGACGGGAGGAGUACGAACUAGAGGAAAUGCUUGAAUUUGAAAAACACAUCAAUGAAGCACGGAAGCAGGAAAUCUUGAUGGAAGAGAGCGAGGCGAAAAAGAUGCGUAUCAAACGCAAAGAAGCACUGAUUGACGAACUGAUGUUCUCUAAUACGGACGCGAAAAAUAUUCUGGAUACAUUCGCCCAGCAGGCCAAGGAAGAAAUCCAAAGACCUCCACCAUCGAAAGUUAGCAAAUUCUCCAGCGGCAUAGAAUUUGGAAGGAAAUCGCAGUCGAUGUUUCUGCCUGUUCCAACCGAUGAUGGUCCCACAUAUCAGUACACUCCAAUAGUCGUCGAUCUAGAUGGGCCACAACCUCCCUCAGAUGAGAACAUCGCAUCAGGAGGAUUCAUGAAUCACAUUCGAAUGGAAACCGAGCAGGAAAGGGCUGGUGGCUUUAAAACCAACAUUGCCUGCAUCAGGGCUUUGCAGGAAUCCAUGAUGGGGUUGUAUCAUGCGAGGAAACCCGUGCAUAGAAACUGAUUUUUCACUGAGUUUAGUUCCUACUUACAGUUUCAUGCUCUUGAUCAGAUUUUUGGGAGGAAACCUGUAUGGAUAUGUGCUGAAUCAAGCCACGUGCAGUUCAAAAUUAUCUUGCAAGAAGCAAUGAAGUUUCUUAAUGCCGUUAAAACGUUUAUUUACAUGAUUGAAUUAUUACCGUUGGUUUUUUCCAAUGAAUAACUUCAUGUUGAUUAUUUGUACUGAGUGUUUAAAAAGUGGAUAUUUUUUUAGUUUUCAAUGUUUGGAUGAUCAACUAUUUUUAGGAGACUGAUGAGAGCUGCCAGAUUUUCUUUUCGGAUGUUGUAUCAUUUAAAAAUAUAUAAAUUGGAAGGUU